AGGGGUGAGGGUGGUGAGGGCGGCGGGUGCCGGAGACGGCAGCGGCCGCGGCCGAGGGAGCAAUAGCAGCAGCCGUGGCGGCCACGGGGCGGGGCGCGGCGGUCGGCGACCGCGGCCGGGGCUGCAGGCGGCGGAGCGGCUGGUUUUGAAUAUACUAACACUGAAUCAGCACUUCUAAAGCCCUGCCUUCUCUCACUGGCUUCAGUUGGCCUUCAGACAUAAUGAGGAGACUGGCUUUUCGAGGCGCUGGUUGUGCUCUGGUAAAGCUGAAGAAGUUGGAUUCCAUGGGUUCCAAGAGAAGAAGAGCUACCUCCCCUUCCAGCAGUGUCAGCGGGGACUUUGAUGACGGGCACCAUUCUGUGCCUACACCAGGCCCAAGCAGGAAAAGGAGGAGACUUUCUAAUCUUCCAACUGUAGAUCCUAUCGCCGUGUGCCAUGAACUCUAUAACACCAUCCGAGACUAUAAGGAUGAGCAGGGCAGACUCCUCUGUGAGCUCUUCAUUAGGGCACCAAAGCGAAGAAAUCAGCCAGACUAUUAUGAAGUGGUUUCUCAACCCAUUGACUUGAUGAAAAUCCAACAGAAACUAAAAAUGGAAGAGUAUGAUGACGUUAAUCUGCUGACUGCUGACUUCCAACUGCUUUUUAACAAUGCAAAGGCCUAUUAUAAGCCAGAUUCUCCUGAAUAUAAAGCUGCUUGCAAACUCUGGGAUUUGUACCUUCGAACAAGAAAUGAGUUUGUUCAGAAAGGAGAAGCAGAUGAUGAAGAUGAUGAUGAAGAUGGGCAAGACAAUCAAGGCACAGUGACUGAAGGAUCUUCUCCAGGUUACUUGAAGGAGAUCCUGGAGCAGCUUCUUGAAGCCAUAGUUGUAGCCACAAAUCCAUCAGGACGGCUUAUUAGUGAACUUUUUCAGAAACUGCCUUCUAAAGUGCAAUAUCCAGACUAUUACGCAAUAAUUAAGGAACCUAUAGAUCUCAAGACCAUUGCACAGAGGAUACAGAAUGGAAGCUACAAAAGUAUUCAUGCAAUGGCCAAAGAUAUAGAUCUCCUAGCAAAAAAUGCCAAAACUUAUAAUGAGCCUGGUUCUCAAGUAUUCAAGGAUGCGAAUUCAAUUAAAAAAAUAUUUUAUAUGAAAAAGGCAGAAAUUGAACAUCAUGAAAUGGCUAAGUCAAGUCUUCGAAUAAGGACUCCAUCAAAUUUGGUUGCAACCAGGCUGACAGGCCCUUCACACAGUAAAGGCAGCCUUGGUGAAGAAAGAAAUACCACUAGCAAGUAUUAUCGUAAUAAAAGAGCAGUCCAAGGGGGUCGUUUAUCAGCAAUUACCAUGGCACUUCAGUAUGGCUCAGAAAGUGAAGAGGAUGCUGCUUUAGCUGCUGCACGAUAUGAAGAAGGAGAGUCAGAAGCAGAGAGCAUCACUUCCUUUAUGGAUGUUUCAAAUCCCUUUUAUCAGCUUUAUGACACAGUUAGGAGCUGUCGGAAUAACCAAGGGCAGCUAAUAGCUGAACCUUUUUUCCAUUUGCCUUCAAAGAAGAAAUAUCCUGAUUAUUACCAGCAAAUUAAAAUGCCCAUAUCUCUACAACAGAUUAGAACAAAGCUAAAGAACCAAGAAUAUGAAACUUUAGAUCAUUUGGAGUGUGAUCUGAAUUUAAUGUUUGAAAAUGCCAAACGCUAUAAUGUUCCCAAUUCAGCCAUCUAUAAGCGAGUUCUAAAAUUGCAGCAAGUCAUGCAGGCAAAGAAGAAGGAACUUGCCAGGAGAGAUGACAUUGAGGAUGGAGACAGCAUGAUCUCUUCAGCCACCUCUGACACUGGUAGUGCCAAAAGAAAAAGGAACACUCAUGACAGUGAGAUGUUGGGUCUCAGGAGGCUAUCCAGUAAAAAGAACAUAAGAAAACAACGAAUGAAAAUCUUAUUCAAUGUUGUUCUUGAAGCUCGAGAGCCAGGUUCAGGCAGAAGACUUUGUGAUCUAUUUAUGGUUAAACCAUCCAAGAAGGACUAUCCUGAUUAUUAUAAAAUCAUCUUAGAGCCAAUGGAUUUGAAAAUAAUUGAGCAUAAUAUCCGCAAUGACAAAUAUGCAGGUGAAGAGGGAAUGAUAGAAGACAUGAAGUUGAUGUUCCGGAAUGCCAGGCACUACAAUGAGGAGGGCUCCCAGGUGUACAAUGAUGCCCAUAUCCUGGAGAAGUUACUCAAGGAUAAAAGGAAAGAGCUGGGGCCGCUGCCUGAUGAUGAUGAUAUCGCAUCUCCCAAACUCAAACUAAGUAGAAAGAGUGGUGUUUCUCCUAAAAAAUCAAAAUACAUGACUCCAAUGCAGCAGAAACUAAAUGAAGUCUACGAAGCUGUAAAGAACUAUACUGAUAAGAGGGGUCGCCGCCUCAGUGCCAUAUUUCUGAGGCUUCCUUCCAGAUCUGAGUUGCCUGACUACUAUCUGACCAUUAAAAAGCCCAUGGACAUGGAAAAAAUUCGAAGUCACAUGAUGGCCAACAAGUACCAAGAUAUAGACUCUAUGGUUGAGGACUUUGUCAUGAUGUUUAAUAAUGCCUGUACAUACAAUGAGCCUGAGUCUUUGAUCUACAAAGAUGCCCUUGUCCUACACAAAGUCCUGCUUGAAACUCGGAGAGACCUGGAGGGAGAUGAGGACUCCCAUGUCCCAAAUGUGACCUUGCUGAUUCAAGAGCUUAUCCAUAAUCUUUUUGUGUCAGUCAUGAGUCAUCAGGAUGAUGAGGGACGAUGCUACAGUGAUUCCUUAGCAGAAAUUCCUGGUGUGGAUCCCAACUUUCCUAACAAACCUCCCCUUACUUUUGACAUUAUUAGGAAGAAUGUUGAAAAUAAUCGUUACCGGCGGCUUGACUUAUUUCAAGAGCAUAUGUUUGAAGUAUUGGAAAGGGCAAGAAGGAUGAAUCGGACAGAUUCCGAAAUAUAUGAGGAUGCAGUAGAACUUCAGCAGUUUUUUAUUAAAAUUCGUGAUGAACUCUGCAAAAAUGGAGAGAUCCUUCUUUCUCCAGCACUCAGCUAUACCACAAAGCAUUUGCAUAAUGAUGUGGAGAAAGAAAAAAAGGAAAAAUUACCAAAAGAAAUAGAGGAAGAUAAACUAAAACGAGAAGAAGAAAAAAGAGAAGCUGAAAAGAGUGAAGAUUCCUCAGGUGCUGCCAGCCUAUCAGGCUUACAUCGCACAUACAGCCAGGACUGCAGCUUUAAGAACAGCAUGUACCAUGUUGGAGAUUAUGUCUAUGUGGAACCUGCAGAAGCCAACCUACAACCACAUAUAGUCUGUAUUGAGAGACUAUGGGAAGAUUCAGCUGGUGAAAAAUGGUUGUAUGGCUGUUGGUUUUAUCGGCCAAAUGAAACAUUCCAUCUAGCUACACGAAAAUUUCUAGAAAAAGAAGUUUUUAAGAGUGACUAUUAUAAUAAAGUUCCUGUUAGUAAAAUUCUAGGCAAAUGUGUGGUCAUGUUUGUCAAGGAAUACUUUAAAUUAUGCCCAGAAAACUUUCGAGAUGAGGAUGUUUUUGUCUGUGAAUCACGGUAUUCUGCUAAAACCAAAUCUUUUAAGAAAAUUAAACUGUGGACCAUGCCUAUCAGCUCAGUUAGGUUUGUCCCUCGGGAUGUGCCUCUGCCUGUGGUCCGAGUUGCCUCUGUAUUUGCAAAUGCAGAUAAAGGGGAUGAUGAGAAGAAUACAGAUAACUCAGAGGACAGUCGAGCUGAAGAUAAUUUUAACUUGGAAAAGGAAAAAGAAGAUGUCCCCGUGGAAAUGUCCAACGGCGAGCCAGGUUGCCACUACUUUGAGCAGCUUCGUUACAAUGACAUGUGGCUGAAGGUUGGCGACUGUGUCUUCAUCAAGUCCCAUGGCCUGGUGCGCCCCCGCGUGGGCAGAAUUGAAAAAGUAUGGGUCCGAGAUGGAGCUGCAUAUUUUUAUGGCCCCAUUUUCAUUCACCCAGAAGAGACAGAGCAUGAACCCACAAAAAUGUUCUACAAAAAAGAAGUAUUCCUGAGUAAUCUGGAGGAAACCUGCCCUAUGACAUGUAUUUUGGGAAAGUGUGCUGUGUUGUCAUUCAAGGACUUCCUGUCCUGCAGGCCAACUGAAAUACCAGAAAAUGACAUUCUGCUUUGUGAGAGUCGCUACAAUGAGAGUGACAAGCAGAUGAAGAAAUUCAAGGGACUGAAGAGGUUCUCUCUCUCUGCUAAAGUGGUAGAUGAUGAAAUUUACUACUUUAGAAAACCAAUCGUUCCUCAGAAAGAGCCCUCACCUUUGUUGGAAAAAAAGAUCCAAUUGCUAGAAGCUAAAUUUGCUGAGUUAGAAGGUGGAGAUGAGGAUGUUGAAGAAAUGGGAGAAGAAGAUAGUGAGGUCAUUGAACCUCCUUCUCUACCUCAGCUUCAGACUCCCCUGUCCAGUGAACUGGACCUCAUGCCCUACACACCCCCACAGUCUACCCCAAAGUCUGCCAAAGGCAGUGCAAAGAAGGAAGGCUCCAAACGGAAAAUCAACAUGAGUGGCUACAUCCUGUUCAGUAGUGAGAUGAGAGCUGUGAUUAAAGCCCAGCACCCAGACUACUCUUUUGGGGAGCUCAGCCGACUGGUCGGGACAGAAUGGAGAAACCUUGAGACAGCCAAGAAAGCAGAAUAUGAAGAGCGGGCAGCUAAAGUUGCUGAGCAGCAGGAGAGAGAGCGAGCAGCACAGCAACAGCAGCCGAGUGCUUCUCCCCGAGCAGGCACCCCUGUGGGGGCUCUCAUGGGGGUGGUGCCACCACCAACACCAAUGGGGAUGCUCAAUCAGCAGUUGACACCUGUUGCAGGCAUGAUGGGUGGCUAUCCGCCAGGCCUUCCACCUUUGCAGGGCCCAGUUGAUGGCCUUGUUAGCAUGGGCAGCAUGCAGCCACUUCACCCUGGGGGGCCUCCACCCCACCAUCUUCCGCCAGGUGUGCCCGGCCUCCCGGGCAUCCCACCACCGGGUGUGAUGAACCAAGGAGUGGCCCCUAUGGUAGGGACUCCAGCACCAGGUGGAAGUCCAUAUGGACAACAGGUGGGAGUUUUGGGGCCUCCAGGACAGCAGGCACCACCUCCAUAUCCUGGCCCACAUCCAGCUGGCCCUCCUGUCAUACAACAGCCAACAACACCCAUGUUUGUGGCUCCCCCACCGAAGACCCAGCGACUUCUCCACUCUGAGGCCUACCUGAAAUACAUUGAAGGACUCAGUGCCGAAUCCAACAGCAUUAGCAAAUGGGACCAAACUCUGGCAGCUCGAAGACGUGAUGUCCAUUUGUCAAAAGAACAAGAGAGCCGCCUUCCCUCUCACUGGCUCAAAAGUAAAGGGGCCCACACCACGAUGGCAGAUGCCCUCUGGCGCCUACGGGAUUUGAUGCUUCGAGACACCCUCAACAUUCGCCAAGCAUACAACCUAGAAAACGUUUAAUCACAUCAUUAUGUUUUGUUUUUUGGUUUUUUUUUGUUUUUUUUUUUUUUUUUUUUUUUUUUUAUAGAAGCAUAAAGAGUUGUGGAACAGUAGCCAUUUUAGUUACUGGGGGUGGGGGGAAGGAACAAAGGAUGAUGAUUUUUAUUGCAUUUUACUGUACAUCACAAGGCCAUUUUUAUAUAAGGACACUUUUAAUAAGCUAUUUCAAUUUGGUUUUGUUAUAUUAAGUUGACUUUAUCAAAUACACAAAGAUUUUUUGGCAUAUGUUUCCUUUGUUUAAAACCAGUUUCAUAAUUGGUUGUAUAUGUAGACUUGGAGUUUUAUCUUUUUACUUGUUGCCAUGGGACUGAAACCAUCCAAGGUUUUGUCUUGGCUUGGGGUUUUUGUUUUUUGUUUUGUUUGGGGCUUGUUUUUGUUUUUUUUAUAAAAGAACAAAAUGAAAAAAAAAAAAAAAAAAAAAAACAAGAGUUUACAGAUUAGUUUAAGUU